AACAAACAAAGAAACACCCCAACCAUACCACAGUUCUUUCCCAUGCAUAACACGAAAUGGUCCAAUACCCACCAACGUUGUGCUGGGUGGUAAUCACGGAAUAAUCAUAGGCCAUGGGCCAUGGGCCAAAAAGGGAGAUCUAUACAUCAAAAUGUUGGGGCUUUUACAGAUCCAUUGAAGGCCAGGCUGCUGAAGUACAACCACACAACAAACACCAUAAUCAGAAGUCAUCAUGAGGUGUAUCCGAGUAGACGUGCCUGGCGAACCGCUCAAACUCCACAAUGAACCGAUUCCAGAGGCCCCUGAUACCGGUGCAGUAGUCAAGGUGUCCUACUGUGGAAUGUGCCAUUCUGAUGUCCAUUUUUGGGAAGGAGGUUACGCCCUCAGCAAUGGGCAGACAAUGCGAUUUGAGGGCAGGCCAGGCUUUAAGUACCCGUGUGCACCAGGGCAUGAAAUCUGUGGGACUGUGUUCUCAUUGGGUAAGAGCGCCACCAGCGACAGCGCCAAGCUAGGAGACCAAGUGGUUGUAUAUCCCUGGAUAUACUGCAACUCAUGCCGCGCAUGCCGAACCGGAUACAACAACUCUUGCGACUGCGAAGAUGUGCCACCUGUCUACCUUGGACUGACGCAAGAUGGCGGUUUUGCAGACUAUGUUGUUGUGCCGGACGUAAGGUAUCUGGUCACCUUUCCGAUGUCCAUCCCUCUACCAAUAGCUAGCCAACUUCCAUGCAGUGGCCUGACAGCAUUUAAUGCCGUCGACGAAGGGGUGGAAUUUGUUAAGUCAACCAUGGAAAUCAAAGGCAACUGUUGUGUUGUGGUUUUUGGAGCCGGUGGUCUUGGUCAGUGGGGAGUACGUUUUGCCAGAGCGCUCUACCCACCGGAAACUCAGAUCAUUUGUGCUGAUAUCAAGCAAGAUUCAUUGGAUGCAGUCACCAGUGACGUCAAGGACGUUGUUCCAAUUCUAACCCGGAACCAGACUACUGAGGAAACUGUCCAGCGAGUUAAAACCACCUCAGUCAGUGGCAAGGGAGUCGAUCUCGUCUUGGACUUUGUUGGACUUACUCCAACUUUUAGUGUCGCAAAGAGCUCAUUGCUUGUGCUUGGUCGGUACCACGUUGUAGGUCUGCUUGGCGGGCAGGCGAACUUCCCUUUGCCUGAUAUGGUCUUGAAUGGGAUAACUAUGCGUGGUCUCGCCAUUGGCAGCUUCGUGCAGUUCAGGAAACUUUUGAAGCUACUUGAAAAAGAGCCGUCUGUAUGCACCGGCCUCCCGUAUUCAGUGCAUCCCCUGGCAGAGGCCCAAGAAGUCAUGCAGCAGCUCGUCCAUGGCAAGGUGACCGGGCGAGCCGUUUUACGAUGUGGCGAAGACUAGCAAUCAUGAUCAGUACCCGCCCUGUUUCGUUGGCAUACGGUUAGCGCAGCGACGACUUUUAGUGGCUCUGACGUCAUCAUCACUCGCUGCGCAUUUUAUGACGUUUUACACUAAGUGUAAAAGUUUUCUAGACGCUAGUAAAGCGGCACUACACGUAAAUAAAAAACGACUUAUUAAACUCACUUAAAGUCUGCAAUGUCCUCCAAUUUUUUAGGGGAAAAAAGUAAUUUACUAACAGACAGAUACUGUAAGGUCCCUUAUAUUUCAUUAUUGAGGUUUGCUUUCUCUGGUGAUGUUUUAGUGUUGUUUGUCUGUUUUGCCAUUUGCCAAUAUUGCGCUGCGCCCUCUGCAGCUUUUUGAAAACGUUACCGUGCGCCAACGAAACCGCGCUGGAGUCGUUGUUAAGGACUUUCAUCACACGACAUCAGGUGGAACGAGAUGACAUUAAGGGUAUUGGUCACUAACAGCUUACAAGAGUAAUUUGAAUGAUUUGAGUUUAAGGCUAAUGUUGGUGCUAAAUAAAAGUGUUUCCCGAGUGGUGCGUUUGGGGGUGAUGUGCCACAUUUCGAUUUGAUUUGAUAGAGGACGGCAACGAGUCUUUCCUGUUUAAAUUUUAAGUAUAUUAAAGUUGUCAUGGACUUUCACAUAAAUUUCAAAGUUCACUUUGUUAUAAAAUCUCUACUUUAAUAUUUGUUUAUGUCUUAUUAUAAACUGUACACAAACAAACUAUAGAUACUCCUAACCAGAAAAGCAAACAGACACUGCGUGUUUGUGUAGCCUACCGUCAUUCCAUGGGCGGAAUACGUGUCAUCCAUUAUUUUGCCAUAUUUAAUAUUGGAGUCCAAUGUGGAUAACUGUGCAGUGGAUGCUUCGCAGCGUCAUUCCCAGAAUGAUCGUUCCCCUGCCAGUUUGUCAUAACAGGGCAAGGUUGCGUCACGGUGGACAAGGUUGGUGCUACAUGGAGUCGUCCACUUCUUUUUUUAGAAGAGUGUUGGUGUACAUGUUAUCGUUUCUUUUUCACUGUGCUGAAAAAAAACACACCAAAAUGACAAAGAUCUCUAAGUUGGGUUAUUUCUAUUGGAAAUAUUGAAUGCAUUUCGUUGGUGCUCUGUUGCAGAAUAUAAUCACUUGGUGAAGUCUAGCCUUUCUAUUUCAUUCGGCUUAGCCUCGUGGAACGGAAUGACUUCAAUGGAAUGAUUGUCCAGAUUUCAAGUCAGGAUUAUUUGUGCAACAAUGCACCCAUGCAUCAAAUAACUGUAUAUUAAAUAUCUACUAUAUGAAUAUGUAAACUGUAUAUCAUUACGUGCUCUGAUAGCGAAUUCCAACACUUUCACUGCAAUUAUUUCUACUUUAUUUGCAUUUCCACCAACUUUCCAUUAAGGAUUAAUUUUACCGAAUUUUGAAAAUCUUCUAAUAAAUCAGCCAAACGACCAU